AAACUUGAAAAGAAAUAAAGAUCUGCUUCUCCGUUUUACGCCGUGAAUGAGAGUGGGUGUGGACUAGUGCCCAGAGCAACGUGGUGGCGGCGAGGUUUCCACAGCCUUAUUUUCCUUCUUUUCACCCUUUUUGACCUACGGAGACGAAGGAGACCCCCCCCCCUCUCCAGAAGUCACAGCCCCCCCCUCACCCCUUCAACCCACCCCCCACCCAUGGCGAGAGGUGGGCGCUGGGACCUCGGACUGACGCAGGUGUGGGCGGGGUUGUGGGUGGCGCCCGCUCGCUACAUCACGCCCGAGGCCCUGGCGACGAGGAGGAUAUCGUGCGUCGUCUGGGCCACGCCGGAGGCCGCGCCGCCGUCGCUGCCGAGCGUGAGUGUGAUCGAGGUCCGGCUGAGGGACGAGUGCGACCAAGACCUAAGUCCGUUCUUCCCGCGAGUGGCGGAGGAGUUCGCCGAGUGUCGCAGUAAGGGCAAGAUCGCUACGAGUGUUUGUGUGUGGGAGUAUUUGUGUGGAGACUGAGUAAGGGGGAGGGAAGAUCGGCGUCUGUUUCUCCAUUUUUUUUUUUUUUUUUUUUUUUUUUUUUUUUUUUGGUGGUGGUGGUGUUCGUUCGUUUUAUUUUCUUUGUUGUUUUUGGUUUGUUUGGAUGUUAUUGUUUUUUGUUUAUUUUUUUUUACUUGCUUGUUUUGUUGUUUCUUUUUAUUCACUCGUUAUCUCAUUUAAUCAUUAUUAUUCUUUACAUCUUUCUUUCUUUCAUUUAGGCGGAUUGUAGAAUUUUGUGAAGUAAAUGACUAGGCUUUUUGAUUUGUAGUUUGAUUGAAAGUGACGAAAAUAUCAUUCGUACGUGAAUACGUAACGAGCAUAAUCAGUAAUGCGUUUGAAAUUAUUUUAGAGAAUUUAUUUUAGAAUAAGUAGAUUUUGCAUAUAUUUAUUUUAGAAAUAUAUAUAUAUUAUAUUAUUAUAUUAUAUAUCUGCAUACGUCUUUUUUAUGAAUAUGCUAUUAUUAUUAUUAUUUAAUAUCCAUGUUUAGAAUUAUUC